AUGCUUUUAACUGCUACGUGCACAUAUAAAGACGCCCAAGAUAUCAACACAUCUCUUGAAAUACCAUCAGAAAAUUUUGCUAUGAUUCGGGGUUCUUCUUUUGAACGCAAAAAAAUAACUAUAGAAGUUUAUAAAAGAAGAGAUAAUCGUGAAAUCUUUUCAAAUGAUCUUAUAAGUUUAAUUAAGAAGCAUGAAAGAGGAAGAAUUAUUAUUUAUUGUGCAACACAAUUAGGGUGUGAUGAUCUUUUUGCGACAUUGCAACCACUAUUACCAGAUAAAAAUUUGGGCGUGUAUCAUGGAGGAAUAGGAGAUGAGCAACGUCAAAGCAUUAUAUCGCAUUGGAAAGAUGGUAAAAUUCAAAUAAUGAUUGGGACCAAUGCAUUUGGCAUGGGUAUCAAUUCUUCCGAUGUUUACCUAAUAGUACAUUGUGUAGCUACUUUAAAUAUGACAAAUUUGAUACAAGAAAUUGGACGAGCAGGACGUGAUGGUAAUGAAGCCAGAAGUGUGAUGUUUUAUUCAAUAAAGAAAGAUCUAAGAACAAACUUUGGAAUUUUGGCUGAAAAUCGAGAAACGUGA